AUGAACGGUCUGUUCUCGGCGGGCGGUAUGACUGGCGCACUGUUGAUGGGCUGGCUGUGCGAUGCCAAGGGUCGUCAACAGGCUCUCGCCGUGUCCUCCAUUGUUGCUAUCGUCGGAGGUGCUCUGCAGGCUGGAGCAGUUGCAAUUGCCAUGCUCCUUGUUGCCAGAUUCAUCACUGGGAUCGGUGUCGCAAUGCUUGUCACUCUGGUCCCGAUUUUCCAAUCCGAGAUUGCGCCCCCGGCCAGCCAAGGCUUUUUAGUAGGACAACACGGCUUCAUCCUAGUCGUUGGAUAUGCUCUUGCCGGCUGGACAGGCUUUAGCUCCUACUUUGCAAGGACCAUACUAUUUCAGUGGCGUUUUCCCUUAGCACUGUCACUACAUCUGGCCUCUAGCACUUCUCAUGGUUCUUUUAUGGAUCCCUAA